GGAGGUCACUUCCUGCUAGGGUGGAUGAGGAGGAGCCGGAGACGCCGCGGAGGAGACCGGAGCGAAGACGGGCCGCGCCGGGGAGAGGAGGGCGAAGAUGAAAGCAGGCUGUAGCAUCGUGGAGAAGCCAGAAGGAGGUGGAGGGUAUCAGUUUCCUGACUGGGCCUACAAGACCGAGUCGUCCCCGGGCUCCCGGCAGAUCCAGCUGUGGCACUUCAUCCUGGAGCUGCUGCAGAAGGAGGAGUUCCGCCAUGUCAUCGCCUGGCAGCAGGGAGAGUACGGGGAGUUCGUCAUCAAGGACCCUGACGAGGUGGCCCGCCUCUGGGGCCGCAGGAAGUGCAAGCCCCAGAUGAACUACGACAAGCUGAGCCGGGCCCUCAGAUACUAUUACAACAAGAGGAUCCUUCAUAAAACAAAAGGGAAAAGGUUUACAUAUAAAUUUAACUUCAACAAGCUGGUGAUGCCCAACUACCCAUUCAUCAACAUUCGGUCGAGUGACGAGAACCGGUUUCUACAAGCACUUCCGAUUUUCUAUGAAACUACCAAGCUCUCCCUUAUCAAGUGAAUAUCAUCAAAACCACAGCAUCCUUAAUCACAGAAGGGGAGGUCUGUGUUUGCAGUGAGAAGCAGUGUCUUUGAUCUGCACCAGCACCUCAGAGAGUAAGAUCUGGGGUUACUUGACCUUCUUUACUCUCAAGUGCAGCAAGGCUUCCCGUCCGGGCUGCCUGCGCGUAGCUCUCCAUCACAGCUCCUCACGGGGCUUCAGGGCAGCCUCUGUCCAGUCUCUCUGUAGGGGCUUGGUUGGUUUCAUUUCAGAGUCAAGACCUCUCCCUCCCUAGGAAAGUAGAUGGUGUUUAACUAGUUUCUGACCCGUCCGUCUGUACUCCGUGGCCAUGUGUGUUAAAGCCAAGAAAGCUGAUUGUGCUGCAGUAGUCUGACUUCUCAGAGAAGAGUCGGAAGAAACUUGAAAAAUCGGAGCAGGGUGUGGCUGAGACUAUACUGCUGAGAUCCACUGCAGAUAGGUCACUAACUACACACAACAAGUUAGGGCAGUUCGGGCUUGAUGCUGCUAUCGGUACAGUUCCAUCUCCUCUCUCCUGUAGCCACGCCCUCCUGUCCCUGGGGCAUGUGUUCAAAAAAAAAGUGGUAUUGGAAUGCAUCUCUCUAAUUACAACCUGUUUUCUUUCCUGGUGCCUGAGAAAGAAGUGUUAGGAAAUCAGACCUAUUGUAGCCACGGGAAUCCGUUCGCUCUGGUUUUCGCUCUUGCCCCCUUCCUGUGUACCUAGAGGAAUCGGGACUCUACGUGGAUAUACCGGCAAUUCUGAGAUCGUGUUGGUGUUCCAUACCAUUCACCCCUACUCCCCACCGGAAGGGGCUUCAUUGGUUUUGUUAUGUCUUUGACCCAUUUUUGUCUAUUGAAAAUCCGGAAGUCCACCUCUUGGGCAGCCUGGAACAGGGUACACCCAUCAGCCCUUGGGAGUAAUGUGCCUGUCCAGGGUGAGAAAAUCUGGAUCCUCACUCUGGGAAGACUCUGGUCUUCUAGCCUAAUGGCAAUGGCCUACCAUAGCCUCAUCUCCCUGAAAGUGAUGGGACCAACAUUGAUCCUUAACAAAGCUUGAUUCCUAGUGGAAUGAAGUCACAGGGAAGGGAGAGCGUGUGCAUCUCGUUUAGGUAUGUACUUGGUUGUUUACAUCCUGGGUAUAGAUAACGCCAAAGAGCGGGAGUCAUUAGCUGUAAAGAAAUUUACCCAGAAGGGCCAUAUGUUCCGGAUUCAACUUUUACGGUGACAGGAAAGGUGACGUUUGCUGAGUGUUUGUUUCACGGACGUACUUUUGGUUGGUGUUUUUGUGAGUGACCACCUUUAACUCUCCCGGCCGGCUGUAAAGCGUGUAUCUCAAUAUUCACAUUUUCAAAUGAGAAGAUUAUGGAGGACGGCGAAGUCCAAGACGGACACGGGCAGGUUUAGCACAGUUACCUGCUGAAUGGCUUCUCGGGAAACCGUUCCUGAGAGACUGAGCUAGAAAUCCAGCUUGUGCUGAACAGUCCUGCGUUCCUCCCCGCCCACCCCCCACUAGGACGCCCGUCCUAAAAACAAAAAGAAAAGAUUAUGGAGGAGGUCUUUCUCUCGAGGAACUUCAGAGUUAGCAGGAGAGAUAAGAUAGGUGAGGUUGAGCAUAGUUGAGAGUAGCCCUGAGGAAUGUGGCGAGCUCUCGAGGCAGCUGAGCUGUGUGGACUCCGAGGUCACAGAGGUCCUGUCUGGGUGGCGCUGGUACCUGCCCAAAUGACCCAGAGGUCUGGAGUAAGAAGCAAAGUGAGCCCUCUCCCUCCCUCUCCACAUCGACUUCCUCAGCUCUGACAGUGCAGGGUAGAAUGCCUGAUACUCGGAUGGUGCGGGGAGUGCUUCUGCGCACAGUAGGUCGUCAUUACUCCUGAAAGCUAUAAAAUACAUUAUUCUGUACUUUUGGACAUUUAUUGUCCUUCAUAAGAAACUGUGGGAACGUCCAGAGGAAACGAGGAAAGUGCUCAGCUGGCGGGGCCGGGCCGGUUCAGGAGCUCUCACCCCGUGCCUCCCUACCCCCACCCUGGUGGGUCAUAUUUCUUUCUCUUGGAAAACUUUAAACCCAUAGAAAAAUGGGGAAAAACAGAACUGUGAACACCCAUGUGUCCUCUCUAGAUUCACUAAUGAUUGACACUGUUGCCACAUAUGUUUUUCCUCUUAACACGUACUUUUUAAGUUAUUUUGAGGUUAAGUUACAGACAUCGUGACAUUUGUCCCCUGUGUACUUCGCGUAUCCCCUAGGUACAGAACAUUCUCCUUCAUGACCCCAGUAACGUUAACACACCUGGGAAAUUUAACACGACUCCACGAUUCUUGUUUCCUCUAUGGUGCAUAUUCCAACAGUAUGUGCUUUUUACAGUUUUUGCUUUUAAAGUGUGAUUAUUGUGUAAUAAAAAAUUACUUGUCUUAACAAAUACCUGA